CAGAAAUAAUUUCCGAAAAGGUGAAAAUAGGGGAAAAAACACACUAAAACCUCUUCGCCUGCUUUCGGCGGCGGCGGCCAUGGCGUACCUACCGCCCCACAAGCGCCACCCCAGCACCACCGCGUCCACGCCCACGCCCACCCCCGCCCCGCCCCCUUUGUCCCUCUCCUCCCCCCUCCGAUCCCUCUCCCUCUCCUCCCCUCGCGGCCGCCACCGCGGCGCCGGCGCGCGCUACCCAGGCCCUUCCAACAAGAUCAUCCACGCCGCCGGCUGCGUCUCCCGCUGGUCCCCACUCCCGCCCUUCUCCCUCGGCCCCGAAGAUGGCGACGGCGAGCCGCUCCUGCGCCUCGAGCCCUUCCCCUGCGUCCCUAUCGAGCGCAAGACCGGCGCCAAGCCCCUUGCCCUCGUCGCCUCCUCUUCCCCGCGAGAGGGUUCCUCCUACUCUGCGGGGGCUGCGGCCGCUGCCAUCGCCGACAAGUUCGUGCCGGACCUCCUCGCUGCCUCGGAGAGGGCCAAGGCGGGCGACGCGCCUAAGGAACAGGGGGAGUUGGUGAAGCUGAGCCUCGUGGCCAGGGUGGGGAAGUUGCUCUUCCAGUGCCAGCCCGAUGGAUCGCCCGUCUCCUUGGAAACACUCUGCGAGGCCGCGAAAGCAGGGGAAGAUGGUUCCAAGAGCAAUCUACAUAAAUUGUUCUACACGAGCGUGCCUAGUGAGUGUCUGGAUGAUAUGGAGCGAUCCGCGGUGACGAGGAUGGGGCUGGAGUUUGAUUCAUCCAAGGAACACUACCAUGUGAAGGUGUUCGAUAAGCAUCAAAGCGAUUCUACGAUAUCUUGCAAAUGCACCUUACAGGAAGACGGGAGGCUUGCUAUCCAUAAGGUUGAACUGAACCAGGUACGGCAAUUGGUGGAAGACAUAUCCUGUCUUUUCAAAGGUCUUGAUCUAAGGCUGAUGUUAUGCGCAAAAAGAAUCCUGAAACACCUAGAUUUGCAGUCUGAAGUGGAAAGUGCUAUAAAGAGCUUGGUGUCCUCUGCUGUUAUUGAUCCUAAUGUGAAAGGGGGACUUAGAUGGCCUCUUGGAAAAGAGUCCAUUGGUGAGAGGUUCAGCAUAGUUGGUGUGUGGCACACCAACUACAAAGCUUUCAGAAAUGAAACCCUGAGGCUCAAGUUGAGGCAUGCUGACCGGUUCGAUCACCGAAGCUCAACUGGGGAAGUUUCCAAUGAAGUUACCUUCAAACUAAUUGGCAUAUCUCGUAGACUGGAGGAUGCUGAUCAAGAGGAGAGCUCUCUGAAGGAGAUGCUGGUGUCUGCGGUUCAGAUGAUCUGGGACAAUGCUCUGAACUACAAGAUCGCACCUUGAGCUCAUUUAUGCAGACAAAUAAAUUGUUCUAUGGAGUAGGUUAACUGUGCUUUCCUUGGAGCUGCAACGAGAACUGAUUUCAGCCCUUUUGUAUAUAGCUUUGGUAAUCGUGAAUUAUGAUGCUGGCUAAGUACUGCCUUUGAAUCGGAUGGUUGCUAUUACUAGUACUUGCGAGUUGUAACUGCAGAUCCUUGGUUCGACCUGGUUCAGUAGGGUUUAUUUCGGAACGA